AUGCUCGGGAUUUCCGAGUUCUCGUCGCAUCCUGGGUAUCAGUUUUAUAUUGAUGAUAAUAAAACAAGACAAAUUGAACUUGAUUUAGCUUUAGAAAAAAACAUAUUAAACAAUGAAAUCGAUUGUAUUCAUCUUUUAUUGGAGAAAAAAGAGCACAUUCCAUGUCAUUUAUCAAACAAAUAUGAUAAAUGCAUCUACGUUUGGUUAUUAGGAAAACGUCUUAAGUUUAACGUUGCUCUUGAAUUUUCUCAAAAUCGUCUUCGAGGUCUUUUGGUUGCUGUCAUAAAUUCCGAUAUUUAUUUUGAUAAAACAAUUCGAUUACUGAAAAUAAUAUCUGAAAUGAAAAACAAAUUGAUUGCAUUGAGUGUUAUCGAAGCAAAUAACGAUGGUAGAACACGAGAUAUAAGAUGUAGUCAACAGUAUGUAGGAAGUCAUGAUACGUACAUUUUUAAGCCGCCAAUAAAAAAUUUUCAAGAAGUAUAUAAUGAAACAAAUAUUUAUGUCGGCGGGUUAACGGGCGGAGAGAAUCGUAUUAUGUUUGAGUUAGAGAAUAAAUCAGGAAUUAUUUCGUACAAUCCAUGCAAACUAAUAAAAGCUUAUCAUUUACACGAAAGUAAUGUAAGACAUGGUAAUAGAACUAAUAGAGUCGAUUCAAAUAAAAGAGCUGCAUACGCACUACCAACAGAUAAAUUACCAUGA